UGACAGGCCAAUUCUUUAUAUAACCUCAAAACUAAAAAUUUCAAGUAUCGGGCGAGAAGAGAAAUAGUUUAUUUUUUUGUGUAAAUAUAUUCACUGAAAACUUGACGAAAAGCUUUAACCAUCUAUACCAGCUAUGUCCGACUUCGAGAAUCUAACCGGCAAUGAUAAGGAGCUGCAGGAGUUCCUUAUGAUUGAAAAACAAAAGGCACAGGUUAAUGCGCAGAUACAUGAAUUCAAUGAAAUCUGCUGGGAGAAAUGCAUUGGUAAACCAAGUACCAAACUAGACCAUGCCACAGAGACGUGUCUGAGCAAUUGCGUUGACCGAUUCAUCGACACUUCUCUGUUGAUAACACAGCGCUUUGCACAGAUGCUGCAAAAGCAGAGCUCCGGCGGCAUGUAGGCGGCUAAUCAAAGACGCUGUAGAGUGCAUUGGUGUUGCAGCAAGCAACAGCCCUUAUCACAACAAAUACUACUACAACAACCACCACAACAUACGCAUACUCUUGUGAGCCUAACCAGCUGGAUUUGCAAACUUGUUUUUGUGCUUUACAUACGUUUCCAAAUAACUAAUUUCUAAAAUUACCUUGUAAGAAGUUUGAUGUGCGUUUGGCGUUUAAGCCAAAUUCUCUGGACAAUGCGGUGCUAAAUUUUUAUUCUGUCGUUCACCGUGCGUAUUGCUAGCGGCAAAACUUCAAAAUUCUGAAAACCGAAAAACCUUAAAAGAAGCAAACUUGACAACACAAAAAGAAA